AGUGCAGCUAGAAAGAACAGACCAUAUUAUAUCUUCGCUUUCUCUUUUUCUCUAGUGCUCGAGUAUAUAUUUAUCUCGUUUAAAGUGCAACAAAUUUUGGGGAUUUCAAGCAACGCGAACAAACCUAGUGUUUAUUGCAAGUUGCCAGUUUAAAUAGUUUAAAUGACAAGCAAAUUAAUUUUAUGAGAAGCAAGUAAUCAGUUUACUUGUCUGACUUAUGUUUCUUUUGUUUAAUUUUUAAUAUUCCCACACUUUUGAUUUUGUUCAAGUUUAUCAUCAAGUAAAUAUAAUCAAGUAAAUAUAAAAAAUAAUAUAGAGAUUUUAAGUUUCUGUUAAAUUUUUGGCUUGUCAAUGUGUCCUGCCAAUAUGUAUCCUCACGAUUUACAAUUAUAUCAGAAUGUUCCACACGAAGUGAUUUCGUUAAACGAGUUGCAAGAAAUUAGUGAAAUGCGACUAAAAGUUCUUUGUUUGGUGGAACGUAUACAUUUACAAAAAUUAACAAUGACGGUGUCACAACGUAAGGCUGCCUUGGUCGAAGUAUUACGCAAAGAAGGACUGAAUGAAUUUGCAAGAUUGAUUGAUAGUCCAGGAUGCAAAUUUCAUAGUGACAAAUGCAAUACACGUACAUGUAAUAUAUAUAUUAGAAGGAGAGAUCAUAUAUCUCACUUUGUAUUAAGAUCUGCAUUUGCUUUCAAUGUAUUCAAAAAGCGUUGGUUCUUUAAACAAGAAACACGGCUGUUUAAGUGGCGGUCCUCCUCAUUAGAUAAUAAGGGAAUUAGACAGUUUAUACAGAUUAACAAUUUUAAAUUUGAACUGAUUAGUGAAAGUGAAAAGAAAGAUAUCAAGGAAUAUCUUCAAAUGUCAUCUUCAUGUACCAGUGAUAUUAACAAUAUACAAUUUUACAAAGUACCAUUCUCUGACAUAGCCAGUUUAAUUAAAAAGCGUAAAGUUUUUGUUAUGCAAGGCGAAGCUUUUGUACCUGAACAAGAAAUGAUAUUUGUAUUUACAUCACACUUUAAGAGAAGUCUCAUAUCAAGUUUUGAAAUGGCACGUGAAUAUAGAGCCAAUUUAUAUGCCGACGAGAGGUUCACUCGUAUCUUUAUCAAUUUAGAAAAAAAUAUUCAUGUGGAGAAUACUAUAUUGGUACAAGAACAAGAAAUACAACAGUACGUUUCGCUUGACCAGUUGGAUAUGCUUGCGGAAACUUCUUAUCCUCUUUGUAUGAGAGUUCUACAUAAAGCGUUGAAGAAAAAUCAUCAUCUUACACAUGGUGGUAGAAUACAAUACUGUUUGUUCUUGAAGGGCAUAGGACUUUCUCUGUCCGACGUGAUGACUUUUUGGAAGGAUGAAUUCACAAAAGUAAUGAACGAUGCUGUGUUUAACAAAGAACACAGUUACACCAUAAGAUUUGUCUUUGGUCAGGAAGGUAGUCGGCGAGAUUAUCAGCCUUAUAGGUGCCAGAGAAUUAUAGAGUCGUCGAUCGUUGGACCUAGAGAUUAUCACGGAUGUCCUUUUAAACAUAUGCUGCAUGGUAUACUUGAAGACGAACUUACUAAUUGUGGUUUUAACACAUUGGAGAGAUCAGCAAUAAUAAGCUUAUCCAAAGACGGUCAAUAUUCUGCAGCAUGUAACAAGUACUAUGAAAUUAAACACAAUUGUUUGAACAACACAUUAUUUGAACAUCCAAAUACAUAUUUUAAUGAGAGCGUGAAAUAUCGCACUUUAUAUCAUGGUGAGAUUUAUUUCAUUAUUUUAUGUGUAUCAUUUACAUGUAUUUUGUUUAAAAUUUAAAAUUACAUUAAAAUUAAAGAUCUGGAUUCGGAAAUGGAAGAUGGAUAUUAGGCAUCAUACUAAAUGGGAACAUUGAAGAAAUUAGAACUAUUAGGAGUUUAAAAUCAUCAACAGAAAAUGAUUUUUUGUACAGAUUUUUGAAUUGUUAAUAUGUACAAGAUAUGUAUAGCGUGUUACGUAUACUGUAGGACACACCUUGAGUGUGAGUGUAUGUGUACGUAUAUACAUCUAUACUAAUUUAUUUAACAUUGAAAUAUAAAAAUAUUUCCAAGGUAUUUUUCAAGUCAGAUAAGCAAUUGGAAUCAGCUAAUUUCAUUUUGCUAAUAAAUUAGAAUUAAGUUUUUAGCGACUUUUCAAUUUCAAAUUAGAUUGUCUGUAUUCUUAACUGCCAUAAUAAAUGAACAAUAAGCAUUUCUUAACA